GUAGCUCAGCAGUUAUGUAUUCUUACAAAGAAGGUCAGGGUUUGAACCUUGGUAGAGGCAUUUGAUGUGCAGGGCUAUGGAUAGCUUCCGGUAACCUCCACUAAUGUGUACAAUAUUGGCAAAAAAAUUUAAAAAAACACUAUGCAAGAGUAAUUGCCUCCCUCUUUGCAUGUAUUUAUGCCAGGCAUAUGACCGCUUCCAAACCCCCAACCUCCAACUAAAACUCUCUCUCUCUCUCUCUCUCUUUCUCUCUCUCUGAAGCUAAACGAGAACAAGAAUGAAGAAAACUGCCCAUGCCAUUGCUAUUCUGUUCUUCUUUCUUCUCCUCAUGAUCAACACCUCACCCUCAUUGGCCCGUUUCCUAGAAUCCAAACAAGGGGAAGCGGCUUAUCUUGCAGAAAGAGAAGAAAUUGAUUCUUUGGAUCAGCUGAUGGGGUUGGAGGAUUGUAACAGUGGAGAUGAUGAUGAAGAGUGUGCCAAGAGGAGGAUGGUUGCAGAGGCUCACCUGGAUUACAUUUACACUCAGCAUCGUAAUAAGCCUUAAAAGACCCUCUUUUAGUUAGUUAGCUAGCUGGUUGGUUGGUUAGUAACUAAGUCAUGUCCUAAAAGUUCCUCAGGAGUUUCUUUAGGCAGUUUCUAAACCUGACCCUUUGGAGAUUUCUGUUUGUAUUGGGUUUGGGUUUUAGACUUUUGUUUCGUUCAUGUCUUAUAAUUUGGGUACUGUGGCUCGGGGGUCCAAGUUCAACUGCGGAGUAUGUAUGCAUAUGGCUGUGUCUCUAGCUAUUUAGCUCUAUUUUGAUGUAUUGUUGUACACAUAAAUAAAAGGACUUGGAACUUGGAAGUGGAACCAACAAA